CCGGCGACGGGGGUUCGCUUAAGAAGCGAAGCAGGCAGGGGAGGUGAAGCGGCGGGGCUGUGCCCAAGCUUGAUCAUGUCUGGGGAGCUGGAGAUCAUGGAAGCGCAGCGGAUGUGGGAGCCGGACUCCAAGCGCAACACCAGCAUGGACCGGUUCCGGGCGGCAGUCACCGCGGCUUACGGCAUCCGCCUGGCCAACUACAACGAGUUUUACCAGUGGUCUGUACAACAUUAUUCGGAUUUCUGGGCAGAGUUUUGGAAAUUCAGCGGGAUUGCCUUUUCUCGGCUUUAUGAUGAGGUGAUCGAUCCCUCCAAGAGCAUCGCGGAUGUUCCCGAAUGGUUUAAAGGCAGCCGCUUAAACUAUGCCGAAAACCUCCUGAAGCACGAGGAGAACGAUAAAAUCGCCCUGUAUGCCGCACGGGAAGGGAAGGAAGAGAUCGAAAAAGUGACUUUUGAGGACCUGAGGCACAGGGUGGCUUUCUACGCUGCAGCCAUGAGGAAGUUGGGGGUGCAACCUGGAGACCGAGUUGUGGGUUAUCUGCCCAACGGGAUACAUGCUGUGGAGGCCAUGCUGGCUGCUGCCAGCAUCGGAGCCAUCUGGAGUGCGACGUCCCCGGAUUUUGGCAUCAACGGCGUCCUGGAUCGCUUCUCCCAAAUUCAGCCCAAGUUAAUCUUCUCCGUCGAAGCCGUCAUUUACAACGGGAAACGCCACAACCACCUGGACAAGCUGCAGAGUGUCGUGAAAGGACUUCCGGAUCUGAAAAAAGUUGUUGUCAUCCCCUAUGUAUCUUCAAGAGAGUCCAUAGAUAUUUCCAGAAUCCCAAAUAGCGUGUUUUUAGAAGAUUUCCUUGGAAUGGGUAAGGGAGACCAGGCGCCUCAGCUCGAGUUCGAACAGCUUCCCUUUAGCCACCCACUUUUUAUCAUGUACUCUUCAGGCACGACAGGCGCCCCGAAAUGCAUGGUGCACUCUGCAGGGGGAACUUUGAUCCAGCACCUGAAAGAACAUAUCCUUCAUGGCAACAUGAGCUGCAAUGAUGUCAUCAUAUACUAUACCACGACGGGUUGGAUGAUGUGGAACUGGCUGGUGUCUGCUCUCGCGGUGGGGGCCUCAGUGGUCCUCUACGACGGCUCCCCCCUGGUUCCUUCUCCCAACGUCUUGUGGGACUUGGUGGAUCGAUUAGGGAUUACCAUCCUUGGGACGGGUGCCAAGUGGUUGGCAGUUCUGGAAGAGAAGAACCUGAAGCCGUGCGAAACCCACAACCUUCAAACCCUCCACACCAUCUUGUCCACCGGGUCACCUCUCAAGCCUCAAAGUUAUGAGUACGUCUACAAGCACAUCAAGAGCAGUGUCCUCCUGGGCUCUAUUUCAGGAGGCACUGAUAUAGUUUCGUGUUUUAUGGGUCAUAAUGUAACCAUCCCAGUUUACAAAGGUGAGAUCCAGGCACGGAAUCUGGCAAUGGCGGUAGAAGCAUGGAAUGAGCAAGGAGAACCUGUUUGGGGAGAAAGCGGUGAGUUGGUUUGCACCAAACCUAUGCCUUGCCAACCCACACAUUUUUGGAACGAUGAAAAUGGCAACAAAUACCGAAAAGCGUAUUUUUCCAGAUUUUCAGGUGUUUGGGCCCACGGAGACUACUGCAAGAUUAACCCCCAGACGGGUGGGAUCAUCAUGCUAGGCCGCAGCGACGGCACGCUGAAUCCGAGCGGAGUAAGGUUUGGCAGCUCGGAGAUCUAUAAUAUUGUGGAAGCCUUCGAGGAGGUCUCCGACAGCCUCUGCGUCCCACAGUACAACAUGCACGGCGAGGAAAGGGUGGUCCUUUUCUUGAAGAUGGGCACCAACCACGAGUUCAGACCCGAUUUGGUGAAGCGAAUCAGGGAAGCGAUUCGGGUGGCCCUUUCUGCUCGGCAUGUGCCCAGUCUGAUUCUGGAAACGGGCGGCAUUCCGUACACCAUCAACGGAAAGAAGGUGGAAGUGGCUGUCAAACAGGUCAUCGCCGGCAAGGAAGUGGCCAAGCGGGAUAUCUUUUCUAACCCGGAGACGCUCGAUCUCUACCGUAAUAUUCCUGAGCUGCAGGAUUUUUGAAGGAACCUCGUCUCUUCCCGUCUCUUGGUGUGAGUGUGUGUCUCUAUGUGUGUUUGCGUGUGUGUGCGUGCGUGCGUGCGUGUCAACUUAUAUCCGGUGUAUAUAAUACGUAUAUGGAUGAUAUCCAUAAAAGAAAAUUGACUCGAGCGACCUUCUUUCCAGACGGGGACAGGAAAAAUCUAAUCUGAUUUAUACUGAGCGCUUUGGGAAAUAAGAAGGGCUAAAAUUUAAUCUGUAUGGAUUUGGGGAUAUCGGUCGUGAUUUACUUCCAGCUCAGAAAAAUGGGAAUCUGAACUCUGGGCAGAACUUUUCCCCAACCUAGGUGCUAAAGAAUGUUUAUCAUUUUGAAAAGCAAGAAUGAGUCUUGGAGGUGGGCGACGCCAGGAUGGCUGAGAAAGAGAGCUUAAAAUGGCGGGCUGAAUAUUUUUGGCAGAUGUUUCUCAGUGGGUAGGUGAGAAAAAACCUCUGGAAGAGCCACUCGUUACUUGUCUCCAGGCGUGGGAUUCCACCGGUUCGUAUUGGUUUGGGCGAACCGGUUGCGCCAACGAUCAGCUAGGAAUGAACCGGUUCACCCCGACGAUCAGACAGGCCGCUUGCCCGCGCUAUUUCCCACCUUUAUCUUCUCAGCUGAUUUGCGUGGCAGAGCAGACUGCCGCGUGAAUCAGCUGGGUUACUCCUACAAAGAAACCCGAAAGUGAAGAUUUCUUCAAACUGUGCGCGCAGCGCAAAUCGCGCGAACCGGUUGUUAAAUCGGGAGGAUCCCACCACUGUUUGUCUCGCUGUGGGUGGUUUGCAGGAAGCUUGAAGAGCAUCUUCUCGGUUGAGGUGGAACAUGGGUAGGAAGAUAACGGAGGUAGCCGGCACCUUGGAAAAAUGAGCUUUUUAAUAAUGUCCCGUCCUCCUCCCCGCCCCCCCCCAAUCUUUAACCCUAUGCGACCAACUUUUCCACUUGAAAAAAGUUUGCUAGCGCAGGUGAACAUUUGUUUUGCUUUAUUGUUUUUUUAAAAAAAUAAGGGAGAGAGAGAGAGAUGCACUUUUUAUUUAACUUAGAAAAAACAAACAAACUGAACCAUUACAGGAACCAGCAACAUUUUCGGGUCAACUUUGUAAAAAGGACUCGGAUUUUGAAGAAAGAUGAAAAGAGGUAUGGGUUUUUCUGUGGGUUUUUUUGGCUGUGGGUUUUGGGGGUUUUUUGGUUGGUGAUCCUUAGCUGGUGUUUCUUUUCAUGCAACCGUCUAGUUCAGUGGUCUCCAACCUUGGCAACUGGUACUCUAGAUGAUGGUCUCAGUCCCACGAGCCUGUGGGAUGUUUUUUUUUUAAAAAAUCCAAUCUGGUUUGGCACUUUUUGUGCAGGUUUUUGGUUUUGGUGGAAGGUCAGAGUCUAGAAUUAAAGUCUAGAAUUAAAAGCAAAACUGCUUAAAAUUCGAGGAAGCCUGUGGCGAUAUUAAGGUGUCUGGACCUCAAACUGAAGUCCAGGGCACCUUAAAGUUGGCAACGGUUGAGAGACACAAAGGCUUAGAUAUAUUUACUGGGCAAUCACAGAUCUUCCGUGGCUGUGAUCAGCCCCUCGUUUUUAAGGGUCACAUUUUUUUUCAACGGGCAGCAAUUUGAGCCCAGGAUCUUUGAUUCUAAUUGAGGAUACUUCAUCGGCCAAGAAUCCUUUUUAAACAGUUGUCUCCAUGUGGCCAGGAGUUCCAAAGGCACUGACGAAAGCAACGCGUGGCAUGCUUGUGAAGUCCUACGGAACCAUACAAGAUUUGCACUUAAAACGCCUGGAGGGAGGGGGGAAUAAUCCCAGAAGCAUUCACUUUGAGGUCAGGAAUAAAGACUCUUAUCCAUGGUGCAGUGGGAUGGCAGACCCAUCAUCCACACCUGGCUGUCUGGAAGAGUUUGGAGUCCAGCAGUUUCUUGGAUGGGGGAGCCCUAUCCUUUCUCGUCCAAGUGUGAGAAAGCGAUUGUGCAAGGCGCUUGUUUAAAUGUGGGUGUAAACACAAUUAUUGGGUGGAGGGAGAAUUCUAAUAGGCGAGCUCUGACUCACCUAAAUCUGAUAGGAAGCCUCAUGUGGUUUGAGGCUUGUGGCUAAUAUAUAUAUAUACAGUAUAUUAUAUAUAACUUUUUAUUCCUUACUUUAUUAUUAUUAUUAUUAUUAUUAUUAUUUUUAAAUGAAUUUUUAAGGGCAUAAAAGGACUAAAAAUGUGGUCUGGGUGCUUUAUACAUGUCUUGAUUUGUCAAUAACUGUUUUCUUCCCCUAAUAAAUGGUUACAAGACUACGGAGAGAUGCCAAUUAAUUCCACGUUUCCAAAGGAAGAUAUAAGUGUAAAAAGGACACGAAAGGGGGAGGGGAAUGGGGGAAAAAAUUGAAUGAAUGGCGGGUAAAUUGUCUUUCUGGGGUUUUUCCUUUUUUUUUAAAGGGGGAAAAAAUCAAGCUAUUGAGGAUGCUCUCUAAUGUUUUACUGGAUUGAAACUUAAUAAAACACUAAAUUCUCA